AUGGCGUUUUCAUUUCGUGUUAUGUUUAAACGUGCAACCUCUAGGUCUCGUCGCCGUGCUAUGGACACCACUGAGUGUUGUGACGGUGGGUAUUCCGACCACAGUCGGAGAAUAGCGGAUCGUCAAGUUCUGCCCCUCCUGGUAGUUGGGUUCGCUAGCUAUCAGCUCGACAGAACAAACAUUGCCAGCGCUCUCACAGGGAAUUUUGCGACCGUCAUAUCCGUGGACCAAAAUAUUAUCAAUCUUGGAAAUCAAUUGAUGUUCCUGGGCGUUAUUCUACUGGAGAUACCAUCAAAUGUUAUUCUACACAGAAUUGGCCCUCGUCAAUGGAUCAGUGGACAAGUCUGCGUAUUCGGAACAGUAGCAUGCCUACAGAUACUUGUGCGCAGCAAGUUAGGCUUCCUACUCACUAGAACAUGCUUGGGUCUUGCUGAAGCUGGGUAUAUUCCCGGUGCAAUGUAUACACUUUCUACCUGGUAUACGAAGGAAGAGUUAACAAAACGAAUUGCCAUAUUCUUCUUUGGCAUGUUUGGCGGAACGGCCGUUUCUCCGCUUCUUGGGGCUGCUCUCUUGAAACUGGAUGGAAAACAUGGUCUCUUUGGAUGGCAAUGGAUUUUCCUCGGUACGAUUAAGGCUGACCCACCAAACAUCAAAUAG